UAAAACAAAGAAAUCUGAUUUCCAUAGAAAAGGCAGCUGUAAAUUAUUGUAGAUCUGAAACAUAAAAUCCAGCAUCAUUACCAUGUUUAAAUAAAAAAUACAAACAAUGUAUUAAAUUGGGAUGGCUUUUGUAUUAUCUUUGGAUUUUGUGUUUUUAUUUUCAGUAACAAGAGCAGUAUGUGGGUCAUUUAUUCUUUAAAAACCUUUAUUUUACUUAGUGGAGUUUAGUAAAACGGUCUGUCAAAGUCUGCUCUCGAGUAAAUCACUGAUUUACUGUGAAAUUAAUUAAAUGCUUCGCGUUGUACUUUACAUAUUUUAGGAGGCUUUUUUUUCUUUUGAAAAGCAGUGAAAAUUUCCCUGUAAGAUUUGUUUAAAUGCAUCAACCUCCAACCUUGAGCUGGAAUAAGUUUGUAACAUUUUUAUAUUGUUGCCGAGGGCCAUGCAAAAUCACUUUGAGGGCCACAAAUGGCUCCCGGGCCGCACUUUGGACAUCCAAAACCUAAUUAGGGUAAAAAUUCACAGUGUUUUGGGUUUUGCAAACGACUCGACUUUUUGAACACGAGACUUGUGUUGUGCUUUUUUUGUCCUAUUAAUUUAUGAAGUUGUUGCUCUUUAUUAACCAAUGGCUGUUAACCGUUGAUGAUGUCACAUUCCACAGAUUCUUGACAUUUCAAAAUAAAUCAGUAAAAUAAAACGCUGUUUUAUUAAACGUUUUGUGAUUUUCUAUUUAGAAACAACUAUUUUGAAAACAUUUUCAGUAAAAAUCAACUAAACGUAAAUUGAAUUGAUUUAUUUCAACGGGAUGGCGCAUAUUAACAUACAAUAUUGUGCAUUAUUAAAGAUGUAAAGUUGGUGAAAAUUGUUUUAUAUAUUCUUCAAAUUAAUUUUAUUUAGUCAAAAAGUUAUUUCUCCUGACAUUUAUUGAUGUACAAGUUUAAGCUGUGCUGCUCUUGACGGUUGGUGGUUACCAUAGCAACCAGUAUCUGACAGCUCGUCCAUCUUUCUUUUCCUGUUGCCGUUAGGGCAGAAGCUGGACGCUGACCACCAGCUUUAUUUUCUCUUGUUUGAAUAAAUACAGAGAAACUGAGUGUGUUGUGAAGUCAACCCACUGGAAAGAAGGGUUACAAGUAGCUAAGUGCUAAUUUCCAUCCGUAGUCCCAUGAAAUUUUAACAACAGCAAAGCUAUUCUUAUUUAUUUUUUCCAGCUCAACGUGUUAAAAAGAAGCCCAAUUGGGCGGAAACCUGCCCCAAUCUGGCAACACUGCCCCCAGGGUGAAAUUCCUGGUCUGCGGCCCAAAUACCGAAAUUCCAAAUCUGUCCAAAUCACACAGAUUCACACACACACACGCGCCCCCUCCUCUCCGCUUUCCUAGUCCCACAACACACCUGGUUUCAUUUAAACCAAACCCCCGCAAAAGCCCCAGGCUCCCCCACCCUUCUCCCACUUACCCCCCAUCUAUCUGUGCUCACCAGCUUUUCCUUUUUUCCAACUUUAAGCCCUCGCUGUCGUCCAAUCUGACAUGAGGGGAUAUUUAUAGCAGUGGGAGAAAGAAGUUAAUGGAAUGUGGACCAGGAAAAAAAUCAAGCCACUUUCCAAAGAACUACCGGGGAAAACUUGUUCGUUUCUUCCUGAAAGAAAAUGCAGGAAACUAUAAUCACGCUCCUUUCUUGUUUGCACAUGACUGAAGGAUUUUUUUGCGUUGCAAAAUGAGUUUUAAUAUAUGAUGCAAACUAAUCGGGAUGUUGCCUAACCAAAGGUAGUUCUUAUGAGUCAACUUGGGGUCAAACAAUGAAACAGCAGAAGGAAAAGAGCUUUUAAAUGGAGAAAUUAGUGGGUUAUUUUAAAAAGUAAUUGAUUAAAUUUAACUCCAGUUCCAUAUGAAACUAGUUGUAUCCUUUAAACUUUCAAAUAUUUCCACGACAACCCAUACAAAUUAGUUUAUUCAAGUAACAGAAGUCUACUUGAAAAACUUCUCAGAUAUAAUUAGCUGUAUGAGUGUUUGUGUGGUGUUAUAUUUUCUGUUUUAUUUAUAUUUUAUUGUAUAUUAAUUUUUUUACUUGAAUUACCUUAUGCUAUAAUCUGGUACAAUGCAUCAGAUGGUGACAUUUAUGUUUGAGCUGUACAUUACAUUCUUUUUUUAAACAAAGUUUUAUUAUUAUUAUUAUUGUAUGAUGUCUGAAGUUGAAUCGGACCAAAUCUCUCCCGGUUUAGUUCAGAAUUACCCAAAUUAUUUCUGUUUUCAAAAUGAUAAAGAAUCUGCUUCCAAUUAACUCAGAUGUGCCUGUUAACCAAUCAGAAGCUUCCACAGCCAUGACAUCAUCAUCUGGGCGUUCCCUCAUUGCUUAAAGAGACCGUAAUCAUUCUGUGUGUAAACGUCUUGACUAUGAAGGCAUGAAUAAACAAAUACCUGACAUAUUCUGUCAUUAUUGUGGUGUCUAGCAAAUAGAAAUAAUUUGGUAAUUCUAACUGACUUAAAGCAAGAAGUUUGGUCUGAUUUAACUUAAAACAGUGAGGAAAAAAAACAUUUCUGUCUUUUUUUGGCAUACUUAGAUGUUGAGUUUCAACUGUAUUCCUAUUGCAGUUGAAAAUCUGAUGUUUUAAUAAAAUGAAAGUGGACAAAUUUUAAAUGUUGACAUCUUUCCACCUAAAUUAAACUAGAAAAAUAGCUGUUCCUAGCGAAACAGCUGUGAGAAUGCAAAUGUGCAGAAUGAUUGCUGCAGAAUAUGCAAGAAAGAGCAUAAGAAAGCUACAGUCAUACAUGGCAGAAAUCUUAUGCUAAAUAGUAAAAUUUAGCAAUAGAUAUAGCAUAGCUCAGAAGAAGAAGAUGCGACACCAGGAGAUUUUAAUACAAACCCAGACAAAGAAUCUGGUGUUUUUUCUGGUGUUUUCUUGUUUUAUCUUUACUCAUUAACGGAUGUGAUUUGUUGUUGGCACAUUAGCUUCAAUUUAUACCAAAUAAAAUUUUAGCCACAUAAGAGAUGUUUUGUUCUCGAGUAACAGCUGAAUAUGUGAUCACGUUUCUAAGUAGUAAUCAAAUUGCAGACUGUUAAAUUAAACAUUUGUACAUUUUAAUGUGUAUUUUCUGCCAAUUUGGAAAUAUGGCAAUGUUCACAGAGCAAGCUGUGUCUUGCAAAAACGUAAGAAAAAAAAAAUUGUUCUCAAAAGUAAAGUUUUGAAAUAGUUUUCGUCUCACUCUACUGAACGUGUGUGAUUACAUCGAAUUUUGCUCUGUCUUCAACAAGUCAUAAAACAAAUUUGAACAGUCAAAUAUCUCCAGCAAUGACUUUGGAAAGCAAAAAUAACCUUACUGUACAUUUAAAAUAAUUUUUUUGUUGUACUUGUACAUUUUAGCCGCACAAAUGCCUAAGCAGUCACCAGUCCCACCAUUUUGGAUGCCGACGUUACGACAUGGGGCGUUCCGUCCCAAUUCUCACAUUUUUGAACACUUGUAACCUUCAACUGAGUCCACACUUCAUAGGGCGUAGGGUUCAGCCUGAGUACUGGGGCCGGGUCAUGAAAACAUGCAGCAUUUACAGCCAAAAUAUUUGCCGGAAAUGGUGCAUAUUGUAGAUUUAUUUUCGGAGUAAUGAUAUCAAUAAAUACCUGUCAAAAUAUCGCCACUGAUGCAUGACGUCCACUUAGUGGACAGGUGAUCAUUUGUAAUUUCUCCUAAUUCAAAGUCAUAGGUCAUGUUAGUCUUUCGGGGUUGCUUCAUGUCACAAUAUUUUUUGUUUACCUGCAAGAGUUUUUACAGUAGAAGGAGGGACUGGAGAUUCCUGAGCAUUCUUUUUCAUCUGUCUGCCAUGUUGGAUUUAACUAUAUUUUCUUGCACUUGCAGUGGAUGGCCAGUAGUUAGCAGUGUAUUGAAUGAUGCACCAGUGUUCACUUUAGUGGUCUGUGUGCAUUUACAAAAUGAAAACCCACAUAUAUUCACACGAAAAUGUCUUUUAGUUUGCUGUCUGCUCUCUGGUAUGCAUGAAAUAGGUUAUAUAUAUAUAAAAUGUGUGGUCUGAGGCACCAGCAGGGAGGUGUUUCUCUGGAGUCUCAGAUGUGCAGAAGUUUGUGAAGUCAAGAUCCUGCCUGUGAGACAAAAUGUGGAAGUUCAGGACAUAUCUGAAAUAUUUUUAAAACAAAAUGUUUAAAUGAUUUCAUUCAUGUGGGACAUUGUAAUGAAUCCUGCUGUAAGGCUGCAGACAGCAAAACAAGUAAAAGGCUUUGCAUACAUCCUAUGUUUAAGUCGCAUUCAUGCAGUAGGCCAAGGACUAGCACAACAUGGUCAAGAUUAUUUUAAUAUAAAAUUCAAUGCAUAAAACUGUAACUAUCUGAUCCACUGAACUUACAGGACCCUAAUAGCAACUGAUUUAAUGUCAGUAAUAUCAGCUCAUGCAAAACUUUGACGAGGAAGGUCCUGUUUAAAUGUAGACUUCUGGCCUGAAUGAGAACUUCAGCUGACUGACCUGAAACAGUCAUAUAAAAUAAGUCUGCUGUCUUACCACUACAGGCUGUAGCAGUCUGCCACUAGCUCAUGGCUUUAUCCAAGAACAAAGUCUACUGGAGUACUGGGAUCUUACUGAGUUUUAGCAAUGCAUUCACCAAAAAGCUGUUCACUGGAAAUCUGGCAGCAGGUGCUUCAGUGAAGGUGAAUCAGUCUCAGGUUUUGUCAAGUUGAGCUUGUUAAAUAUUUUCAUGAUUCUUAAAGACAAUAAUUUUGAGAUACUGGUAACUCUGCCAUGUUUUAUCCUUCUAAUCGGUCAAAUUUAAAGGAAUCCUACAAAUCCUCGGCUCACUUUGCUUUGUACUUUGUCAUGAAAACGUUUGAACUGAAACUGACUGACUGAGCAGCCAGAUAUUAAACCAGUUUUUAUAUCUGGAGAACCGUGGAUCAGAUGUCAGGGGCGGCCCAGCCAACCUGGCAGAGUUCAGUGUCCGUCCUGUGAUUGGACGGAUCGGUGUCUGUCCUGUGAUUGGUGGCUUCCUGUCCAGCAGGAAGUUGUGAACAGAGUUUAAAAGCUGCUGUAGGCCUGCAGACAUUCACAUGGAAGCUGGACCAGAUAUGGUUCUGCUGAAGGUUCAGCUGCUGCUGGGGCUGGGUGUUGCAGUGAGCUCAGCAUCUCUGCAGAAGAGGAUCGUUGGAGGUCAGAACUGUAGACACGAUGAGCGACUCUAUCAUGUGAUGAUCUUUAGAUAUACUCAAACAGACAAUUUCUGUGGAGGAUCUCUGAUCAGUGAUCAGUGGGUUCUGACUGCAGCUCACUGCUGGGACUCAGAUCAGGAUGGUGAGAUUAAUGAGGAACUUGUAGGAGUUCAUCCUGGAGGUGCUCCAAAGCGGAUGUAUGGAAUCACUCAACGUGAAGUUUAUAUUGACAGUAACGGUCGUCAACAUGGCAUCAUGCUCCUGAAGCUGCCAGUAAAGAUCACAACUAUUCAACCAAUCAGACUACCCGACUGUCCAGAUACUCUAUUCGGCACCAAGGUUCAGUUUGCAGGUCACGGACCAACACAAGUUGGCUUUUUUAACAAAAGAAUCCCACAAAGUCCAGGUGAUCUUCAGUGUGCAGAGUUAAAGAUUGCUAAACAUGAGAAGCUGGAAAAGGCACGGGUAAAAGUCGGGGACUUUAUGUACAGUUACCAGAAGUGGUACAGUGUGGGAAGCUCUAAGAAGGACCCAUCUCACGGUGACUCUGGUGGAGGACUUGUGUUCAAGAACAGGCUGUAUGGCAUUGCUGUCUUUGUUGGAGAUUCACUGUAUGCACUCACAAAACCAACUGGUUUCCUGGAUGUCUGUGCUUACAAGCAGUGGAUAGAUGACACAAUUAAUUAACCAAAAUGCCUGGGUUGCUAAGUGUGUCUAUUGUGGCUAAAUGUUCCCAGCAUCAUAAAAUGACUAAGUUCAAGUUUAAUCUUUAAAUUUAAAUUUUCAGUUAAUUAAUUUUCUGAUUUACAGCUGAAUUAUUUGGGGAUUUAAAUUAAUCUGUGAUAAUAUCUUAUUUCUCAAUAAGUAAAGCUUCUGUUUGUAAUAAUCAGCAAUAAUAUCCAGUCACUAGGAAAUAAAUGGCUGUUCUCUAA